UCAAAGAAAAGUAGUUAAAACAAAUAAUGGUCCUUUUCCCUUUAAAUAUCAUCCUUGUGUGAGAACUGAAUCAUGCGUUUUUAAGAUAUGAAUUGAGAGAUUGAAGCUGCUAGAAGAAAACUGAGUUCAAAAGAGUUGGAAGAAGAAAAUAAAAAGUGUGUUUAUGUUAGAAAAUGGAUGAAAAUGGGGAAGAUUUGAUCAGCUUUUUACCAGAAGAAAUGCUUAGAUUCAUAAUUUCCCUUCUUCCUUUUGAAUCAGCUCUACAAACUUCCUUGCUUUCUUCUAGAUGGAGAAAGCUAUGGAAUUCAGCUCUUCUAGUGCGCUUUGGAGCCAUUGAAGAUGUUGCUAAUGAAGUUUCUUCUUUUUUCAGUCACUUCCAUGAGCUUCAUCCAAUUACAAGACUUCAAUAUCACUUUAGUAAAAAUGGUCUUCUUUUAGCUUCCAUUGCAGCUGAUAAUAAGCUUCACUUGGAUUUCUCUAAUGGAAAAUCAGAGUUCCCAUGGCAUUUUGAUUGGGAAUUGAAGUUUGAUACCCAAAAUCCAACUCCAUCUUCCUUUUAUGUCAGAUCUUUAUGUCUAAAAUCAGUGAGUUACCUUACCAAUGAGGCUGUUUCUUCCCUAGUUUCGAAUAUUCGGCUUCUUGAGAACUUGAGAAUCGACCAGUGCUAUGGAUUUCGAUCGCUAUGCAUCGGUUCGAGUCCGAAGCUUCAGAGGUUGACUGUCUUGGAAUGCCCGGAUUUGAGAUUUCUCCAUAUCAGAUGUUCGAAGCUUCGAUCCUUUCGGUAUCGAGGAUGACUUGCACAGAUUCGUCUUGACAGUCAUUUUAACUUGCAAGAUGCAAUGCUUGAUUUCAGACAAGGACCUGUAUGCAACAACUUGAAGAUUAGUGACUUUGAUCCAUGCCUCUUAACUAUAAAAAAUGCUAAUACUCUUACAUUAUGUAGACGGAAUUAUGAGGCACUAAUAUGGCCUUCUUUAGCUUCUUUACAAGGGAACUUCAUAUUUUAUAAUCUUAAAGAGCUCUGGUGGAUUGAUUAUUCUUCAAAUGAAGGAUACAAUAGUAAUGCAUUGGUCACCUUCCUCCAGAUGUGUCCUGCCUUAGAGCGACUUUUCGUCACGAUUGAUCCUAAAAGCUAUGGCACACCGAGCACGAAGACGUACUCAAAGAACGUCUGGAGGAAAGCGAAAUUGGAACAUCUAAAACUUGUACGUUUGAAGGGGUUUAUGGAUCAGAAUGAAGAAAUGUCAUUGAUUAGGCUGAUAAAAGAGCUAGUUUCUGAGAAUCCAUUGUUCAUAUCAGUAAUUGAUCAGAACAACUUGGAGAGUUUGGUUGAAAUUCCUUCCAAUCAGUUCAAAUCACAGAGUUUUCUCAACAUCAAAGCAGAGAAACAUGAAUCAAAUGGAAGAAAAACUUUCUCUAAGUUGGAUGAUGCAGAACAAACAUGGCCUAAACAUCCUCACAUGAAUCUUUAGUUACCAAAAUCACACAAUGCAACAUUAGUAUCCUUGUUUUAGCUAUAUUCGUUUCGUCGCGCCGAAAUUUGACUGUUGAGUUCUGUAAAAACUAUCUUUGGAACCUAUCUGAAUGUUUCAAACUAAUGCUUUCUUGUAAGAUCAACAAACUAAACUGAUAUCUCAAACUGUAGGACAUGUUAGUAUUUUUCAACCUAGCUCAAUAAAAUAUACACCAUUGAAGAGUUAUGAAGUAGUAUAGCUUCCUAAACUAAUCCUAUUUUGAACUCUAUUUUGACA